AUGCCAAGCCAGCAGAAGAAAGCCAUCUUUUGCAUGGCUGGCAUAUUGAGCUUUCUCUGUGCUCUUGGAGUGGUGACGGCAGUGGGGACCCCACUGUGGGUUAAAGCCACUAUCCUCUGCAAAACAGGGGCCCUGCUUGUCAAUGCGUCAGGGAAGGAGCUCGACAAGUUCACGGGCGAGAUGCAGUAUGGCCUUUUCCACGGAGAAGGCGUAAGGCAAUGUGGGUUAGGAGCAAGGCCUUUCCGGUUCUCAUUAAGGUCAAUGAAGGAGAGGUACUCGUAUGAGGACAAGGGAGAGAAGGCAGUCUUCCCAGAUUUGGUCCAAGCCAUCCCCGUAAGCAUCCACGUCAAUAUUAUUCUCUUCUCCAUGAUUCUUGUCGUCUUAACCAUGGUGGGGACAGCCUUCUUCAUGUACAAUGCUUUUGGCAAGCCCUUUGAAGCUCUGCAUGGACCACUGGGGCUGUAUCUGAUCAGCUUCAUUUCAGGCUCCUGUGGCUGUCUUGUCAUGAUAUUGUUUGCCUCUGAAGUGAAAAUCCACCGCCUUUCAGAGAAAAUUGCAAAUUUUAAAGAAGGGACCUAUGCCUACAGAACGCAAAAUGAGAACUAUACCACCUCAUUCUGGGUUGUUUUCAUUUGCUUUUUUGUUCAUUUUCUGAAUGGGCUCCUGAUACGACUUGCUGGAUUUCAGUUCCCUUUCACAAAAUCUAAAGAAACAGAGACCACUAAUGUAGCUUCAGAUUUAAUGUACUGAAAAGCAAAUAUCUCCAUAAUUUCUCAAUAAGGAAAUGGACUUGCUUUGGCCACAUUUAGAUAUGGCUGAUUUCAUCUGUGUGUUUAGACUUCUUAAGCACCGAACCCUCUUUAUGUUAUGUUUACAGAGCGUGUAGUAAGGAUUCCAGCUGGAAAAUAAUGGAAGCAGAAGGAUGGUUUCAGAAAGGUGUUCUGCCUGGUGGGAAAAUGCCCACAUAGUUAGUCCAAAGCAGUUGGCUAGAUGGACGGAUGGUUACUCCAAGUCCUUACUGAACGAUUAGAUGCAUGUCCUACCAAGGAGAACUCAACAGCAUGUGGCAUCUAGUUUAAUAAAGCAGACGUUAUUUCUA